UCACGUAGGAAAUAAGCGUCACCGGCUCCGUUUAGUCCCGCCCCCCUCGGCGCUGAUUGGCCCACCUCGCGGCUCCUCGUCGUUUGUUGCCCUAUAGGCGAGUCUAAACCCGGUCCACAUCUCGGAAGACCAGAGAGGUCGGUGUGUUAAACUUCCAGAUCGAGUUGGGCUGUCGGAGUGUCCAGGAGACGACAGUGAUCCCGCGAGAUGACGCCGGAAGAACUCCACGUGCGGGUGCCCUGGGGCGAGAUCCGCGGUCUGGUGUGGGGCCCUGAGGACGGGCACCCGGUGCUGUGCCUGCACGGCUUGGCCGACAACUGCGGCUCCUUCAGCACCCUCAUCCCCCUGCUGCCUCCAGACUUCAGGUACGUGGCCAUGGACUUCCCGGGUCACGGGCGCUCCUCACAUCGGCCUCCCGGAACCUUCUACAAUUUGACCGCCUACGUGGCAGAUGUCCGGCGAGUCGUCCAGGCGCUGCGAUGGAGCCACUUCACGUUGAUGGGCCACAGCAUGGGUGGAAAUGUGGCAGGAACGUUCAGCGCUCUGUACCCGGAGAUGGUGGAGAACCUGGUGCUGCUGGAAUCCUUUGGCUUCCUGCCCAGCGAAGCGGCCCAAGUGCCGGCCCGACUGCGGCAGGUUCUGGACGGGAUGCUGCAGCUGGAGAGCACGGAGAAGAAGCCCAAGGUCUACUCGUAUGAGGGCGCUGCAGAAAGGUUGUCGGUUGCAAACCCGAGCCUGACGCCAGAGUCGGUGCGCGUGCUGCUGCGGCGCGGCCUGGUGGACGUGGAUAGAGGCUUCCAGUUCUCCCGGGACUUUGCUCUGAGCCUGGGUAACGUGCGGAUCAGCGUGGAGCACAUGCUGCAGCUGCAGAUGAAGAUCCGAGCUGCGGUCCUCAUCGUCACUGCAGACGAAGGCUUCAAGAAGCAGUACCCCGACUCGGAGCGUGACCAAGUCGCCGCCCGCCUCCUGCAGGUGUACCGAGCCCAGCAGGCCACGCUGGUCAGCGUCCCCGGGGACCAUCACUGCCAUCUCAACCGGCCUGAAGGGGUCGCCGCAGUCCUCUCCCCCUUCCUGCUGCAGAAGACGGGCCGCUCCUCCGCCAAGUUGUAGGUGACCACUGGGCCUUGUGUUCCUGCGCCAGAGUGGGGAGGGACCACGGACCCUUCAGCGCGCUGCUCACUCUCGUGACUUGGGUCGUCGUCGACUGUAGCAUCACGACCUCUAGCGCACAGUAGUUUGUGUUGGGACAGCAGUUCUUCACCGACAAGACUAAGAAUAAAGUUGGUCACGUGUCACCCGAGUCUCUGACUUGUCCGGA